UGUGUGGGCGUGGUUAUCCCUGGUUUCUCCGCCCCCUAUUCAGGAAGCCGGUGAGAGCAGCACUGUGAGAGAGAGAGAGACAGAAUACACACACACUCACACUCACACACAAACACGAGCUGUUCCAGUCUGCCGCUGCCUUUUAGUCGGAUGAACUUCCCUGAUACCUGGACAGAAUGUUAAAUUAGCUUGUCUUUUGGACUAAACGUCUUUUCGUUUUCACCCAAGGACAGUACGGAACCGAUUUUAGUCUAAAUUCACGACAUUUUUCUUUUCUUUUUUUGUUUAUUUAUUUAUUUAUUUUUAAAAAAAAUCUUGAUCUUUAUGAUGUGUUAUUGUUUCGGUUGACACAUUGACACGAAAGUGGAUUUAAUCGUGGCCGCGCUGUAUCCCAUCGCUCCAAGAUGCUCCUGGUCUCCCAGCGGCUAGAGACACCUCGCAUGGACCCAUUACUGCCAGGAGUGAAGAGGAAGCUGACUGGGGCUGUGGAUGGUGCUUCUUCAGUAAACGGGGUCUCUGAUCCCUUGAUGGCCCAAAGCAAGCGACCAUGUCUUGAGGAUGUUACCCUGACCAUGGGUCCAAGCUAUCCCCACCACCCUUUCCCCUCUGGAACUGGGAUGGGUAACCAAGGAAGUGGGCUAGAAGGAAACAGACUGAACAGUAACAAUAAUGGUUUGGGUUCUCCUUACACUAUGCCUCCUAAGCCUAACUCUGGAACAACAGCUGUAGGCUCAGGAAGUCUGGCACCUACCUAUAAUCCAAAUGGGAACUCAGCAGCUUCUUCUGUAGAACAGGAGCUUCAAGAGAUUCUGGAUGAGCUUACAAAGAACCCUGACCCUUCUUUACCUGAGCUGGACAUUGAGAAGAUCUUAGGAAACAAGGUAGAUGAGCAAACAGGUAGUGCUGGAAGCUUUGCCCACCCAGAGGGGAGUAGAACUCCCAAACGUUCCCCACAAAGAGCUUCUCACCUGGAAGCCCACCUCACCCAAUCCCCUGGUUUUCCCCAGGCAGGCUCUCCCCAGAUGGGCCCUAGUCCAACUGGUGCUCCUUAUACCCUGCCCCAUCCAUCCAAGCCAGUCCCUUCCCCACUUUCAGCAUCACCCCUUUCUUCUUCUUCCUCCCAAGGCCAGAAUCAAGCUCGAUCACCAAUGCUUUCAGCCGCACUUUCCAAUCGGUCCACUUCCAGUUGGCGUGAAGUAUCACGUGCGCAGCAGCUUCAGCAGUUGGCAUCAAACAGUAAGCACCACUCCACCAGCAGUGGAGGGCCACCACCAGCUCAGUCAGGUUUGCCGUCACUGGGCCAGCAGGGAUCCUCCUGGGCUGGUCCAUCUCCCCCUUAUCGGCCAGGGGACAAGCUUCCCAAUUCAUCCCCCCACCAGCAGCCCUUCAGCCCAGCCAGCAGCAUCCAGAGUCCUCAAAGCGCUCUCAUCUCCAGUAUAACUCCAGCCCCAUCUGCUGGACCUUCUCCUCCAUAUAGACCAGAAAAGCUUGCCAGUCCAGCUCUUGCUCAGCCACCUUUUAGCCCACAAAACCCACUUCUUCCAGGAAGUACUCCAUCUGGAGGCUCAAAUUCUGCUGUCCAGAGCUCUCAAGCAACGUAUCUGAGUGGUAUACCCCCAACAUCAGGUUCCACAAGACCAUCGCCUCCUUACAGAACAGAAAAACAACACCCUAGCUCAGCUGGUCCAACUCAGCCUGGAACCCAGCCUUCCACACAGGGAUGCCCCUUCAACUCGCAGAAUAGUCAAGCACCCAACAUGUCCAGUCAGCUCUACAAAGCCAUCACAGCCAGCCAGCCUACCAGCAACAGUCUCAAAAUACUCAUGCAACAAUCACAGACAAAAUCUGCCCAGAUGCAGAUGAGCAAAGGCACCCCCUGCAACAUGGGUCCAGAAACUUUCUCUUUGAAUAACACCAAGCCUUUGCGGCAUUUUGAUCCUGAACCUCACGCAUCCAAAAUGGGGACCAUUCCCUUGGGUGGAUUCAACAACGGCAGCAUGCAGUCCAUGGCACCUACGUCGGCCCCAGGGCAUGUACAUCUGCUUCAACAUCGCAUGCAGAGAGGGAUGCAGGCAGAUAGCAUGUUACCCCAUUGUGGAGAGGAACAGAAUGUAGGGAUGGUGCCGCAUCUUCAAGACCCCUCUGCAGGGCCUCGUGCAGGGCAGACCAGUAACUAUAAUAUGCUGCUGAGGACUCAACUAAUGAGGAAGCAGGAAAAGCAAAGGCAGAUAGAGCAAAUGAAUGGGGGACAGAUGCCAGAUUGCCAGCAGGUGGCACCGUUUCAAGGUCCAGGUAGAACUAUACCCCCUGAAUGUAGUGGUUACCCUAUGGGUGCACCCCAGCAUCCCAACCCCGCAAUGAUAUCCCACAGUGGCUCCAUACUACCCAAUCGCAUGAAUCUUCCCCCUGGAUCUUUAUCCCAGGUGGGCCACUCUGGUCCCUACAUGGGUGCAACUGGCCCCAAGCAACCAUUCUACCAUUCCUCACAAGACCUAGGAAUGCCUAUGCGCCCAAGCCAGAGCUUGAUGGGAGUGGGAGGUCCUCCAAGACAGCCUACCCACCCAGGACAUGUUGUAGCUCGACCGGUGAUUCCUGGACCAAGCUUGGGAGGGGGUCCAACUAACCACCUCCGGCAAGCUUUGCAUCAAGGCACCACUAUUCCUCCACGCAUGAUGUGUGCCUCUCAACAGCAACCACAUUCACAAACCCAGCUGUGGCAGAGCCAACAAGGGGCACACCCACACAUGGACCCUGUAAACCACCAGCACCUCUUCCCCAGUGGAGGAGCACCUCCAGGUUGUGGAGCACCUCAGUACCCACAGAGACCAGGAAUGCCAGCCAACUUUGCUGCUGCUCGACCUCCGCCAAACCAGCUAGCUCCAGGCAUGGUAAGCAGACACAUGCAAAAGAUGCCCCCUGGGCAACCUCUUCCCUCCAUGAGCCAGCAGGGCCUUCGGAUGCGGGGUCCUCUGACCACUUUGGACAUCAUGAAGCCUGGAGCUCCGGCUAUGAUGGACCCAGUUCAUGGCAUGGCACCCCCAAGCUAUCCCUCAGUGGACAAACACAGUCUGACGCAAGGCUACAGUUCUGGACAAAAUCCAGGAAGUAAACUAGCCUCCUAUGACUAUCCAGCCCAGCACCAGAGCAAUGGAAGCAUGACUGUAGGACCUCAAGGACCCGUGGGAGCUGGAGGAGGCGAGGUGGACUUCAUAGACACUUUAGUGGGUUCCAAUGAUGACUGGCUCAACAACCUUAACAUGAUUGAUGAAUACCUAGAGCAGAACUCAUAGGGAAAGUCAAAAAAUUGCUGGGCAGCUAGAAAGCCAUUGUUUGAGAAGGUACCAAACCAAGCCUGUAUAACUAUCCUAUACAAGUGAGAAUUGAAAGGUUGGAAUCAGACACUGCCAUGUGCCUGUAAUGAAGCUGGUCACUGAGAUCUGGGCUACUUUUUAACAAUUUUGCAGUCAUUGCUAGGGUCAGUAAACAGUGCCCCUGAAAGGCAUUUAUAAUAGUCAACACCUAGUAUGCUGGCUGCCCUAAAGUUCUCAUGUCAAAGAUUGCUCAAGGGUUUGCUCUCUAAAUAAUUGUGCUUUAACUGUCUUUAAGGACAGUUAAUAAUCUGCUUCCGCUGGGCUUGGACACUGUGUAAUGAGCUGAUCAGUGUUUUCACAGCAAAGCAAAUGAGGGCAUUCAUUCAUGAAAUAUAAUAACCUGGUGCAGUUCACAUGGUUGGACCACAUCAAAAAGCUUGAUGGCUUGCUUAUCACCGUGGAAAUACACCUGAUGUAGUAAUUUCUCAUCUGAGCUGUUUGGUGGUAUUUCAAAAGGGGCUUAAUUAUGUACAUGGUAAACUAUUUUGUAAAAUAUGUUUUCGUAAACUGUAACAUAUAAAAGGGAAGUAGACAUAUUUAUACUUCUUUUGUGCAAAUACAUUCUUUAGAUUUCCUUUGUAAAUAAUCAAAAUGAUAAGUAUAUGAAGAAGACGAAAACAAUGUUGUAAAAUAAAACAAUUCAAUUGAUCUUGUAAACUCUAUUGUAAUUUGUAAUAUGCAAGACAAUAUUGUUAGUUUUUGCAGUAAUACUAUGUAUUACAUUGUUGAAAUAUUCGUUAUGGUUUUGACAUAACUGGACUUCUGGUACUCCUGUGUGGCUAAAGAAAAUUUGUGAGGUCAAUUUCUGACAGUACUUGCACUACAAAAGUCCAGUGGUCCCCUAUUUGUGUCUUCUAUUCCAACACAUUUUGCACUAGACAUUGUUCUUGUCUUUGUCAUAAUCUGUAUCAUGUGGGGAUAUCUGCCUGACAAAGGGGUCACAUCAUAUAGGGAUUUUAUAUCUUUAGGUGCAAGUGUGUACACAUUACUCAUCUAUAUGUCAACAUUAGUGUAUAAAAUCUACACUAAGCCUAUUCAAGUUUUCAGCAUUUUGAAAAUACUGUACCACCAUCCAUUAUGUAAGAGAUUUGCCACAAAUACCACUUAAAACUGCAUACACUAGCCCCAAGUGUUUUGUGCCAGAGUCCUGGGUUUCCCUUUGUUCGUGGUCUUUUGGCUAAGGGCAUGAACUUUAGGCCAUUCUGAUUUGUGCUUUCUCUGUGAUUAUUCAAUUUUGUCUUGUUAUUUUUUAGAUUGAACAAUAAACUGUAUAAAUGCAAAAAAUGGGUGAUGGGUGCUUUUUCAUAUUGAUUUCAGUU